UAGCCAUGUUGUCGUGAAGGUCUUGAAAGGUCACGUGGAGGUCGGCCUCGCUUAUCGACUUAGCGCAGCGCACUUCUUGGCGCGGCCAUCCAACUUUGCGGAUUCUCGAUUUCCUUACGACACGACGACAUAUUCGCGAUCCACCACAACAACAGUCAAAGUACGCCGAAAAAUAGGCUGGAUACACUGGAAAUUAGCUAACGGUUCUCUCUAGAUGGUCGCCUCUAAGAAGCAUGUCCCAAUCGUCAAGAAGCACACCAAGCGGUUCAACCGCCACCAGAGCGACAGGUUCAUGUGUGUGGACCCUAGCUGGAGAAAGCCAAAGGGUAUCGACAACCGCGUGAGGAGGCGUUUCAAGGGCCAGGCUGCUAUGCCGAAGAUUGGAUACGGAUCCAACAAGAAGACGAGGCAUUUGAUGCCCAGCGGCCACAAGGCCUUCCUCGUGCACAACAUCCGCGAUGUCGACCUUCUCUUGAUGCAGAACCGCACCUUCGCCGCAGAAAUCUCACACUCGGUCUCGGCGCGCAAGCGAAUUGAAAUCGUUGCCCGGGCGAAGCAGCUGAGCGUCAAGGUCACGAACGGCAAGGCCAGAGUCAAGACGGAGUCGUAGGGUAUCUCAGUUCGGUGGGAGGCGCUCGAUAAUCCAGGGGUGGAAUCCCUUUUGGCAGACCUGGGACUUUUCUUCAGAGCAGCGUGUAUCCAGCUUUACGGUCCAAUGGAACUGAUUGCUUUCCGCCUGUGACU